AUGAAAAUCAUGUGUAUAACAAUGGCGGAAACCCUAACCCCCAAUUCAAUUUCGAAUCCGAACCUUAAAUCACCACUGCCUGCUCCUACAAGCCCGUAUUUCCUAGGCUGCAACGACGAUCAACGCGAACGCGCCGCCGCACGCGCCUCUCGUGCCGCCGCCUUCCGUCGGAAGCCCGUCGAAGUUCAUCCUUCUCGAAAUUCUCUCUUCUCUAACUCUUGCCUUGACCGCCGCCAAAUUAUGGAGUUGUUCCAUAAUUGCGUUAAGCUUGCCAGUGAAAACAAAAUUAAUCAGAAAAAUACGUGGGAGCUGAAGUUGAUUGAUCAUCUGAGUGAGAUUAUUGAAGGAUUUGAAGCUGAAUCAGAAAACAACAACGCUGAAACUAAUUUUCAGAAGGCAAGUUGCACUCUGGAAACUGGGGUGAAGAUUUAUGCUGUGAGGGUGGAUGCAUGGCAUGCUGAUGCUUAUAGAGUCCUGAAUGGUAUAAGCAGAUCAACUGGUCUAGAAGAUGAGGAAGAAACUCUAAUUAGAGGAGAUAUAAUCAGCAAAAAGAGAGAGGAAGGCAGGCCUCCUGUAAAAGAAGUUGAGAGAAAGGUUUCACCUUUGUCAACAGUGGAAUCAUCCUUUGAAACUUUGAAUUCUAAGAAGCUUGAUGUUUCUUUUGCAGUGGAUCCUCUGUAUUAUCAGACGUCUGCACAGUUUGAUGAAGGUGGGGCAAAGGGUCUCCUUCUAUGUAAUCUUGGAGUGUAUGGAGGGUGCAGGGUACUGUUCGAUUCCCAAGAAUUCCCAGCAAGGUGCAUAUCACCCACAAAUGAUAGUACUACUGAUCUGGUUGAUGUCUCUUUUGCUAAAGAUUGUAUUGAGCUAAUGGCGGCAAACUUGCAUCAGAAGCAAGAUGUAUCUCCUAGCCUUGGAGUUUUAAUGAAGCAGCUUGACUUGCCAUUAACGACAUUUGAUGGCGCUGAGCCCAUUGGCGAUGGGAAUGUUAUUGAUUCAGAUAAAGCUGAUUUCAAUGUGGAAAAGGAAUGUUUUGGCACCAGUGAUGCAACUGAGGAUAUAGAGGUUAUGUUCGAUGGCGAUUCUUGUGAUGACUCUGGGACAUGGUCUGCAAAUCGCUAUCAUGAAACAGAUGUUUCUGAAGACUAUAAUGAAGAACCAGUGCAUUUAGUGCUUGAUGAACCUGUUGUAAAAGACAACAUUGAGAAUGUUGCAUGGCUUUUUUUCAAAGGACUGAGAUGUAAAUCAGCACGUAAUGCAUGGGCUGGACCUGAUCACUGGACAUAUUCAAAACCUGAUGUUCAUGACAGCCGGCCAAAUAGUGCUGCUAAGCGACCAAAACGCAAAAGUUUAUUGGAAUCAGAUAUUGACUUCACUAGAAGUUUGGACGAGGAAGUGCCUGAUCUAUGUGUUCCUGUGAAAAAUCCCAAGUCUUUGCUUCUUCCAAGUAACAAAGUUUCCUGUUCAAACAAACUUCCAGAGGAUUGCCAUUAUCAACCGGAGGAUCUCGUGAAAUUAUUUCUUCUUCCUAAUGUCAUGUGCCUUGGGAAAAUUAGAAGAAGGGUUACAGCUCACCUUAAUGAUUCUAGUGCCGCCUCCUCUUGUAGAGAUGUAGAAGAUGACACCUUUGUUUCUGAACCUCGCAAGGUUGAUAAAAUUGAAGUCGAAUAUGACACAACUUCAAAACAAGUUGAUGUGCAUUUGCUGAAGGAGACACUUUGGACCCUUGUGCAAGAAUCUAUUCAGACUCCUGAAGUGGAGGUGCGUGGAGAUGCUGUAUCUUUCAGACAUGUAUUAACCGCUUUUCCUGAUGAAUGCAAAGCUGCUUCAACCAAUGAUAUUUCCCCUCAUCUAUGUUUCAUCUGCCUUUUGCAUCUUGCAAAUGAACAUGGACUGACUAUUGUAGGGAACCCCAAUUUGGAUGACCUCAGUAUACAUCUUCCCAUUGCAUGUGAUGAAACAGGUGAAGUGAUACAAGCAUCAUCUUAGUCAAAAUGUCUGUAUAAGUCACAAAGUGUGUACAUAAGGUUGAUUUUAGUUGUAUUGUCUCAUCAACUUUAACAUUUAGAGAUCGGAGAGCAGCUAACAGAGGGCCAUUAGAUUUGACGUGUCACUUGCAUCUUGACGAUUGCUUUUGAUGCAAUUUAGCAAAUGCAUGUAUAGAUCCUGAUACCGUUUCUCUACAUUAAUGUAUAACUGUUUUCAGGCUAUAUUUGUUCCUUUCAUGUCUAUGGUUCAUCCUUUUACUGACUUCUCAGACAUUAUCAUAGUUUCAUAGGACCGGAGUUGUUUUCAGAGAAGAGGAAAAUGCAGUUUUUUUUUUUUUUUUUUCCAGAUUUUGCUGGCAGUGCUUUGUUCAGAUGGCACCGUGGGUCAUGAAUGCAUUUGUUCAGCUUCAUUUGUCACUACUCACCUUGCUGUUUAAUAUUCACUUGACAAAAUUCAGGUAUUUUCUUACGAGCUUUCAUGCAGUCUUUUUCGACUAUAUGUAUAAUACCUGUGGUGAUGAUAUAAGUGCUUCCCUUAACUCCUACUGAAUUUCUUUGGUCAAUCUUAGUCCUCCCCAAGUAAAAGCGUCGUGUCUCCUGAUAGUGGGAUAUUGUUUUUUAAUGUUUAAUAUGAAAAUAAACAAGAAAGCAGUGGUAUUAGUUAAUUUUUUGGGCAAAUAUGAUAUUGUAUAGUCGGAUUCAAAGGGUUUUGUUGAUUAGAAGUUAAAAUUGCAACAGUUGAUGAUGGACCUCAUUCAACUAAGAAAUAGAUGCUCAGCAUUUGGCUCACUAUUUGGAUAAUUCAUUGUAAACUCAGGAUUGGUACUUGGUAGUUUUUCAAAAAAAGUUGCAAAAGCUGCUGAACUGGUGGGUCAAGUUCAACCCACAAAUUACCUAGGUGGACUGCUAUAUCCGAGAUUAUGUCCGGGUAAAAUCAUAAUGGGUCUCAGUGAGCCCAGUUAGCAGGUGGUCUGGAUUAGACUAGGUC